AUGGCUUCUCGGCGCCUAGCUUUCAACCUCAACCAGGCUCUCCGGACCCGUGCGGCCCUGAAGUCCAUCCAGCCCGUGAAGCGAGGCUUUGCGUCGCCGGUUGCGCUGCCGUCUACCACCCAGUCCACCACCCUCUCCAACGGCUUCACGAUUGCCACUGAGCAUUCACCAUGGGCCCAGACCUCCACCGUCGGUGUCUGGAUCGAUGCCGGUAGCCGGUCAGAGACUGACAAGACCAACGGAACUGCCCACUUCCUUGAGCACCUUGCCUUCAAGGGCACUGGCAAGCGCUCGCAGCACCAAUUGGAGCUCGAGAUUGAGAACAUGGGUGCUCACCUCAACGCUUACACCUCGCGCGAGAACACCGUCUACUAUGCCAAGUCCUUCAAUGCCGAUGUCCCCAAGGCCGUCGACAUCCUCUCCGAUAUCCUCCAGAACUCCAAGCUCGAGCCCGCCGCUAUUGAGCGUGAGCGUGAUGUGAUCCUGCGCGAACAGGAGGAGGUUGACAAGCAGCUCGAGGAGGUCGUCUUCGACCACUUGCACGCCACUGCCUACCAGGGCCAGCCCCUUGGUCGCACCAUCCUCGGCCCCAAGGAGAACAUCCAGACCAUCUCUCGCGACAACCUGACCGACUACAUCAAGACCAACUACACCGCUGACCGCAUGCUUGUUCGCCUCGCUGAGGAGCACUUCGGUGGCCUCCCCAACCGUGCCCCUACCUCCGCCGCCCAGGCCCUCACUGCCGAGAUGAAGCGCACCCCCGAGUUCAUCGGUUCUGAGGUCCGUCUCCGCGAUGACACCAUCCCCUCCGCUCACAUCGCCCUUGCCGUUGAGGGUGUCAGCUGGAAGGAUGAUGACUACUUCACUGCGCUGGUCACCCAGGCUAUCGUCGGUAACUGGGACCGUGCCAUGGGCCAGUCUCCCUUCCUCGGAAGCAAGCUCAGCUCUCACGUUAGCAAGCACCACCUUGCCAACAGCUUCAUGAGCUUCUCCACCAGCUACAGCGACACUGGUCUCUGGGGUAUUUACCUUGUCUCCGAGAACCUCACUCAGCUCGAUGACCUGAUCCACUUCACUCUCCGUGAGUGGACUCGCCUGACUAACAACGUUACCUCCGCUGAGGUUGAACGUGCCAAGGCCCAGCUGAAGGCUUCCAUUCUGCUCAGCUUGGAUGGUACCACUGCUAUUGCCGAGGACAUUGGCCGUCAAAUCAUCACUACUGGCCGUCGUCUCAGCCCUGAGGAUGUUGAGCGUGCCGUUGGUCAGAUCACCGAGAAGGAUGUCAUGGACUUCGCUACCCGCAAGCUGUGGGACCAGGACCUUGCCAUGAGUGCUGUCGGUAGCAUUGAGGGCAUCCUCGACUACCAGCGCAUCCGCAACGACAUGACCCGCAUGCUGUCCUAA